CCGCUCGGACAGCGCUUCGGAUUCGUUGUCCUGAGGUUCCAGGCUUUUCCAGGUAAUAAUGAUGGAAAUACAGUUGUAACAAACUUGUUUGACACGCCUAUUAUUGCACGAUAUAUUCGCAUCAAGCCAACAAGAUGGCGCGAUCGCAUCUCUCUCCGACUGGAAGUGUAUGGUUGCAAAUAUGUAUCAGAAUCGAUAAGUUUUCAUGGGAAUUCCAUGGUUGUGAUGGAUUUCACAAGAGUUCCAAUAACCUCUCUCAGGGACCAUAUCCGCUUUCGGUUUCGCACGACAUUUCCUGAUGCAAUGUUGAUGUACAGUCGAGGAACUCAGGGUGAUUUUUUGGCCCUGCAGCUAGUGCAGAACAGGAUGGUACUUAAUGUCAACCUCGGAUCAAAAUUAUUGACCUCACUGUCUGUGGGUUCAUUGUUAGAUGACAAUGCUUGGCAUGAUGUGGAGAUCAGAAGAGAACAGAGGAAUGUGACGUUUCUGGUUGACCGUGUCCGCAGAGAUGACAUAAUUCUUGGAGACUUCAAAAGAUUAGAUUUAAAUCAAGAGUUUUAUAUUGGUGGUGUACCAAACAUGCAAACUGGCAUGAAGGUUCGUGUCAACUUCACGGGUUGCAUCGAAAACCUCUUCAUAAACGGCACAGCUAUCAUUCCAGAGAUGCGAGAUGCUGAUGAUUACUAUUCAUACUACUACAGUCGUCCAAAAUACACGAAGAUUAAUACUGUAUCAACAUGUCCAUAUGGAGACUCAGCAGAGUUGACCCUCACAUUCCUCAGAAGGGAAGCUCAUCUCCGGUAUCCAGCAUUUGAAGAUCAGCGCUCACUCAAUGUUUCACUAGAUUUCCGGACUUAUGAAGAUAAAGGUGUUCUCAUUUAUCAUAAAUUUUCAACUGUAGGGUAUUUCAAGAUUUUCUUAGAUGAAGGUAAAGUGAAGGUGGAGGUUUCAGCAACAAAUACUCCAGGAAAAGUUUUGCUAGACAACUUUGAUGUAUCAUAUAACGAUGGGCGGUGGCACAAAGUGAUGUUUACCAUCGCAGAGAACAGCAUGGAACUCAGUAUUGACGAUGUGCCCAUGAAGACAGUACGAGUUAUCUCCAUUUUAUCUGGAAAAUAUUUCCUUGUUGGAGGUGGUGUAUAUGGCUCAGAUGGCUUCUUGGGAUGCAUGAGACGAAUCUCAGUGGUUGGGUUUAUGCAGAAACCUCAGGAAGAUGAAAUCAGUGACAGCAAGGGUGUGGUACUAGCUGCGUGCCAAAUCAUGGACCGAUGUGAUCCCAACCCUUGCGAACAUCACGGACGUUGUAAACAGAACUCCCGGGAAUUUUUAUGUGACUGCUCUGGCACCGGCUACUCUGGUGCUGUCUGUCACACCUCUCUCAAUCCAAUAUCUUGUGCUGCAUAUGGUAUACAGAACCCAGGAUCUAAGCGUGCUGAAGUAUAUAUUGAUGUUGAUGGCUCUGGACCUCUUGUGCCUUUCCCUGUCACCUGCGAGUUUUAUAAUGAUGGAAAAAUAUAUUCCUACUUGAGCCACAAACAUGAGAAGAUGACUACUGUUGAUGGAUUUGAGAAAAGGGGAUCAUAUGUACAGAAUAUAAUUUAUGAUGCUGGCAUGGAACAAAUUGAAAUUUUUGUAAAUCGCUCCAGCAAAUGUCGGCAGCGUAUACACUAUGAGUGUCUGAAGGCAAAACUUUUUAAUUCCCCAUCUCCUGAAGACCAAGAUUUCCAGCCUUACACAUGGUGGGUGUCGCGCAAUAAUCAGCCUAUGGAUUAUUGGGGUGGAUCGCUGCCAGGAUCACGCAAGUGUGAAUGUGGACUUAUGGGUACCUGCGUCACUGACAAGUGGUGCAAUUGUGAUGCUGGUUUGGAGUCGUGGCUGUUUGACAGUGGGGAGCUAACAGUGAAGGAACACCUUCCUGUACGUCAACUACGAAUAGGUGAUACAGGCUCUCCAUUGGAUGGCAAGAAGUCUAGAUACACCCUUGGUCCUCUUAUUUGUGAGGGUGACAAUAUAUUUGACAAUGUGGUAACAUUCCGCAAAGCUGAUGCCACUAUAAACCUUCCCCAAUUUGACAUGGGGCAUUCAGAAGAUAUAUAUCUGCCUAGCCGAGAUGCCUAG